GCGGCGCCAUUCUAUGGAGCUCAAUGGGAAACAGCAGCAAUGGGCGCCUCAGCGAAGGUGAAGAUAAACAUGAAAACACCUCACAGACUUCAGACUCCUCACAGCGAGAGAUCAGCAGGAAGGUGCUGAAGAUGGUGGCAGGUAUUCCAGGAGGGCUGGGGAGAUGACCGUGCCUUAUCCCGCUGCGCUGCGAACAUCAUGGGCCCUGACGUCCCCCUGCUCAAUGACUACAAGCAGGAGUUUUUCUGGAAGCGCUUCCCUCAGACUGUGCUGGGGGGGCCGAGGCUUAAGCUGGGCUACUGCGCCCCCCCAUAUGUCUACAUGCAUCAGCUGGUGCUGUUCCUGACACCAUGGCUGCUGGGGGGUGUGGGCACCCUGCUGUACCAGCUGAGAAUGAUGGACGACACUCAUGCGGGCAUCUUGUCCGGGGCACUUAUGCUGGGGGCUGGCGCCACCCUGCAGACCUUGGCCCAGUGCGUGGCACGAAGGACGGGGACGGUCCAGAGGCUUCCAGCUGCCAGGAUGUUUGUAGACAAUAUCCUGGCAGACGAGGAGGAGGUGGAGUUCACCCACUGUGUGGCUCCAGAGACUGUGCGCUUCGUGGUUCCGGGGAAAAGGUUCAUGGUGAACGUGGUUCUGCACACGGUACUCGCUGGCGUGCUUUGCGGGUUUGGUACGUGGUACCUGCUGCCUGAUAGGCUGAGUGCAGUAUAUGGAGACUCAGGUGUGGGUCUGGGCGCAGUGGUGCCUGUGUUUGUGCUGAGCUGGGUGACGCUGUGCAUUGGGGAGUAUUCUCUUAUUGUCAACACGGCGACAGAGACGGCCACCUUCCAGCCUCAGGACACCUACGAGAUCACACCCCUCACAAGACCACUGUAUAUCCUUGCCUUCAUCGCUGUGGACGUGGCAUUGAGGUGUGGUGGAGGGGGUGUGGCCGAGCUACAGGUGGCUAGCCAGGUACUACAUGUGCUGUUUGUGGCCCUGCCAGUGCUGUGGGCUCUGGGCAUGCUCUCUCCUGUGGAUGCACUGCUGCUGUGGGCCAUGGAGCAGAUCCUGGUGCACGGACUUGGGGGGUCACCCAUGGCCACCAACCACAGGCUGGUGGUGAUGUUCCUGUCGUCUGUGUGCGUCGCUGUCUCCACGUUCUUCAUCCCCUCCUCCCUCGCUGUGGUUCUCUUCACCGUCGCAAUGGGUUACAUCCUCAGUCAGGACCUCACCCAGGUCACAGCGCUUUUUCGAGGCAAAAAACAUGACCCACCAACACUCAGUCUGGGCUGGUUCAGCCUCCCUCUGUCCGUGCUUCUCCUGGCUGGAGCCAUGACUGAAGCUGGGCUGCUUCACCAGCUGUCUCCCAGCCCAGGUAACCUCAGCCUUGCUUCAGUGGGGUUCUGGGGAUCUUCAAGUGUAGCUCCUGGCCCCCAGGUUGUGGUGGGAUGGAUCCUCAUCGCCCUGCUGCUGGUCACACGUGUGCUGAGAGAACUUCAGGGUGCUUGUGUUUUUUGGGGUCUGUUCUUGAACCCACUGUACCCCCGGCAGGUGAGCAGCGUCCAGACCUUCAAGAGGCGGACCCGGGGUUUGCGGGCUGCUGGACUCACCCGGAGAGUUCUGCUCAACUUCGUGAGUCCGUUAGCCAUGAUUGCGUUUCUGGCCAUGGAUACGUCCUUGCACAAGCUACACACUGCAUCAUUGGCUAUUGGCUUCACACGAGCCUUCAGAUCGGUGUGGCAGAACAGUGAGGAUGCCCUGCUGCAGAUGGUGGUGGUGGUGAUCGUGAAGCUGGCAGAUGGAGAUGGUACCGCACACCAGUGGCAUGAGCUGGGCACUGGAGUACAGCUUAUAGUGGUGUCUCUGAUUUCUGACCGUCUCUCUCAGUUCUUGGCGAAGAUGAAGUUUGCGCUGACUGUCCUCAUCACAUCAUGGACAGAGACCAAGCAGCGCCGUCAGUCUGCGGGGGCUCUGUUGGCGCUGAACGGGGCACUGUGCCCGCUGCUGCUGGCCGUGGUGCUCCUUUCCGCCUUGCUGGCUGCCCCCCUGCUGCCACUCUUUACUCUGCCCGUAUUUUUGGUGGGUUUUCCUCGGCCGCAGCGCUCGUGGCCUGAAACGCCUGGAACGUCGUGCCCAUGCCCUGAUUCUGUCUACUACCAGCAGCUCAGUGCCAGGCUAGCAUCGGCGCUGAAACACGCACUCGCUAACGGAGUACUGGGUUCUGCUGGACCUGGUUCUCAUUUCCUUGGCCGGUUCCAGGACAGAGUGGCCUGGAUCACUGUUCUGGAGAGAGGUUAUGGCUACUGCACAGUUAACAUUAAGGGUUUGGAGCUGCAGGAGACGUCCUGUCACACAGUGGAGGCCAGACGAGUGGACGAGGUGUUUGAAGGUGCAUUUGAUCGACUUGAACGUCCAGGUCGUUUCCUGCGUUUCCUGAACGCGCACUGGGAGAACUCCCUCACGCCCUGCUCUGCCCUGCCUGUCCGGGUCUACUCUGAUGCCCGGAAUGUUUUGACGGGCAUAAUCGACUCGCCCGACCACUUGUGCCACCUCCGCUCAGACUUUCUGAAGACCCUGCUGUGGAUUUUGCUGCGCCAAUGUCUCCAGGACAAGGCCUACAGCAUCCGCAGGGCCAAAGGCCACUCCCUGCAGGCUUCUGGACGCAAGUCUCAAAACUCCCAGCAUCCUGAGCCUCCUGGCCCGGGUGACGUGAAAAUGCCUGUGGCCUCUCAGGGGCAUCCUGACUCCUCAUCUUCUCCUAAUCUGAGGGGACGGGACAGCUCCAGCUUGUCCUCAUUUGCUGAUUGGUCGGACGAGGACGACCUUUUUGGACCUGUUCCAGCAAGAAAGCCGGUUAAGAUGAUAAUGGUGCGGACAGAACAGAGUCAGACUGGGCUAGAGCCUGGCUUCUCUCUGCCCGGUUCUGCAGAAAUACACAGUCUGUAUGAGAACAUGGCACUGGCGUCUCUGCCCACGCUGAGGCCGCUGGGAUUGGGCCUCGGCAUGGGACUCGGCCUGCCUGCAACGGACAAAGGCAGGGAGAACCAAAUCCCUACUGUAACCACUAACAUCACCACCACCACGUUUAUAGAUCCCACCCAGCCCCUCAACUUCUCCUGCCCACACUCAGAGAGCCUCUCCCUGCCCACAGCCUGGAUGAAUGCCCCCUUGCCCCCCUCCAGGCUCCAAGCCCUUCGUCCCUGCUUCCCUGAGGAGUGGUUCCAUUUCUGCCUGUCCCGGAUGGUCAUGCAAGGCUUCUGGGAGGGGGAACCUGAACAGGUGUGUAGGGCUCUGCAGGAGGACCAGGUUCUGAGGGGGCUGUACAGCCAGGUGGCGCUGUCGUGUUUGGUGGCGCUGGGAGCGGACGCUGCGGUGCCCAGCCCCAGCCUGCUGUUCAGGGUUUACUGUGGCGACGCCCCGUUAUCCGACGGACUCGACUGGCUUAGAGCCAAUAAAGAGCUGCAUCAGCUCACCCUCAGGGCUUUUAGGUACAGUGUUAAGUUGCUAAUAGACCAGGCAUCUCUUGGCCCAGUGGAGAGUCUGGAGGAGCUGUACACGACUCUACAGGAUUACCACAAUGACUGGUUCAUCGGUCUGGUGACAGAGCGCGGCUGGCACGACAGCGUUGUCCAGGAGAAGCCUUUCCUCUUCUCUCUCGGACAGGAUCUCACCAUGGGUACGUAUACGGGCCGCGUGCUGUCCCUGCAGGAGAACCUGGUGCAGGUCGGUGUCCUGAACGAGGAGUGUGUUCGGGGUCAGUGGGCAAAUCUGUCCUGGGAGCUGCUCUACGCCACAAACGAUGAUGAGGAACGCUACAGCAUCCAGGCUCACCCCGUAAUGCUGAGGAACCUCACUGUGCAGGCGGCCGACCCCCCACUGGGGUACCCCAUCUAUUCCUCCGCACCCAUCCAUGUCGCCUGCUUAUGAUACACACUCACCCCCCUCCCACCCCUGCACCCUAUCACACCCUCCCACACUACAUCAAUCCUGAUCGGUUAGAUAUAGGAUUAUUUCUAUUGGACCGCCCCUUUUUUGCAUUAGGUUAUAUGGCCACCUGAGAAUUUCUGCUUAAUGGGACAGACCCAGAUUAAAUAUGAGGAAACACAUUUUAAAACAGUAGGAAAUACACAGUCAAGUCACAGCAUAAUAAUGACCACCUUUUUGCAAUUGCACAUACUGUGCAUGUAUGUGCUCUUUGUAGCUCUGUAGCCACAGACUGUAGUUCUGUUUCUGUUUCUCUGCGUACUUUACAGACCUGCAUUUUGCUGAACAGGUACGCAUUUUGACCUCUUAGUAUGCUUGUACGGUUCUAUUCUUAACUAUCUCACGUUUCUUUAGUUGGUACGCAUUUUGACCUUCUAGUACGCUUGUACGGUUCUGUCCUAAACUAUGUCACAAUUCUCUAGUUUUACUGAAGUUGUUGUUGAAGUUGAUUGAGUCAUAGAGAUCUGUGCAUAAGCAGAGUGCUUUCUGCCAAUUAGAGCACUUUAUUUUUAUACAAUAACCCUGCCAUUUAAGGUUAUUUCACAGUUGGCAGGUCUGACUUUAUUAUCCUCCUUUCGACCUGUUAUUCAGGGUCCCCACAGGACCACCACAGAGCAGUUAUUAUUUGGCUGGUGGGUCAUUUUUUUCAACAUAUAGCUGCUUCACCUUGUAGAUGCCAAGAAGUCAAAACCAGAAGCUCUGAAUCUGUUGCUGCACAAUUGGGUUUGUCAUCCUCAAGUAUUUCCUCAGUGAUCACAAGAGACUUUUGGCUCGAUAUUUCUGAUUGGUGGACUAUUCUCAGUCCAGCAGUGACACUAAAGUGUUUAAAAACUCCAGCAGCACUGCUGUGUCUGAGCCACUUACCACCACCAUGCCAGUACAGUCGCUGCAGUGCUGAGAAUGACCCACCACUCAAAUAAUAGCUGCUCUGUGGUGGUCCUGUGGGGUCCGGACCAUCGAAGAACAGGGUAAAAGGAAAAUAGUAAAGUACUGCAAUUUUCCCACUAUAAGGCACACAAUCAAUGAAAGUCUAUUUUCUGAAAGGCCAAAGAGCUAGCGUGGUUAGCAGGUAAUGCUAAUGCUGCUACAGCAGUGCUAGCCAGCCUUAGUUGCAGGCUACAGUUCGAUAUACUUCCCUCUGAACGGCUAAAGAGCAAGCGCUUAUCGCAGACAGCAGGUAAUGCUAAUGUUGCUACAGCAGUGCUAGCCUGGGUUAGAAGUAGGCUACAGUCUGGUAAUACUCACCUCUGAACAGGCAAAUAGCGGAUAUUGGCUAAUGCUAUUACUACUUAGAACCUGACUGGUGAAAUUCAUACAUAAGACUUUAAGAAUUAAGGCGCACUGAUGAUUUUUGGGAAAAUUAAAGGAUUUUAAGUGCACCUUAUAGUAUGAAAAAUACGGUGUGCAGAGAAACAGACACACAACUACAGUAAUUAUAGAACUACAAGGUGUCCAGUUUAUUGUGAAUUGACUGUGCAGUUUAAUAUUACAUUACAAAAUACUUGUUCACACAUAUAGACACUUUUCUUGGGAAAACCUGUUUUUUUUUUUUUUUUAGCUUUUAGUCACAAAUGUUUACGUGUGUGUUAAUAGUCUUUAACAUGUUAAGUUAUUGUAAACUGGCAAAAUCAACACCUUUUCUUAAAGCUAGGUGUCCCCAAACUUUUGAUGCUUCAGUGCCACCUGUGUCCCUCCACAUCUGACCCGGUCCAGCCUGGACAGCUCCAUCCAGGGGCCACAAGUGAUGCUCACACCCAUGUGGCCCUAAUGGGUUUAAAAGAAAACUCUAGCCAGUGCCUGUGUGUUCCUAUACACACACAUAUACACAGACACACACAAAACAAACUGGGGGUUCACACAGAGGCAGUCGUAAGGAAGGACUUCAAUAAGCAUCAUAACCCUGUGGGGUCUCAAGCUGGUCCAGUACUCACACAGACAUGUACUCUUUACAGCUACGAUGAACUGAAGGAGUGUUGGACAGACUGGACUGCUUGUCUUUGUGAGGACUUUUAAAGACAUUUUUUGUAAUUGGAAGUAUAAAAUAAAUCUGAAUGAUAUACUGCUA